AACAAAAUAAAUGUCCUUCAAAUUUCACAAUUUCUGUAAAAGAAGCGCGAUAAAGCUCCAUAUGUAACAUUUCUAGUCAUUCGACUUUUUUAGCGCGUUUCUCAGCCAAACAGUGAUCGAAUCGAAAUAAAAAAUAUAUAUUCGUGAUCAGCUUUUCAAGCUCUAUCAAACCAUAUAUAAAUGAACGAAAAAAAAAUUUUAUGGAAAUUCUGCAUUUUCGCUACCUUACUUAAAAUUAACGAAGUAAGUUGAUUUCUUCAAUACCAUUUUUCAUUUAUCAGAUAUUUAUUGUAAAACUAAUUUAAUUAAAAGUCUUCUCGAGGGAACAAAAAAUAUUUAUAUGAAGACAAUAAGAAAUGAAAUCUCAUACUAUUCUUUGUUGUGAUAAAGAAUCGAACUUGACCAGUAACUGAAUUAUGCAUUUUUCAUUUAAUUAUUACUUUUUUUUUGUUCUGUAGACAUGGUGUUCACUAACUUUCGAUCAAAAACAAAUUGGAGACAUUGAAGCAAGAUAGUGGACUAAUGCAUUAAAAGUCAACAAGUUGAUAACUCUGCAUCAGACUGAAAUCAGAGAUAAUGGUGCGCAAUAUCUGGUUAUUGAACUACGAGACAAUAAAGUAAGCGAUGCUUCACAAUUUUCUCGUAAAUUGUGGAGUAAGAGAAAGCAUUACUUAAUUGUUCUCGAAACGAGCUGUUGAGCUUUUUAUUACGAUAAACUUCUGAUCGAAAGUAUGGCUUUUUUGACGAUAAUGAGGCACAGUGCUUGCUCAUAUUCAUGUUUAUUUUCUAUUUUUUUGACUUCUUUUUUGCUAAGUAGUGAUAAUAAAAUCUCUACCACAUGAUCUUAUCUACUGAUUUUAUGUUGGAAAUGAAGGUCCAUAGUUUACGACUAUCAUGAUGAAGAUGCGCUAGAAUGUAUUCAUUUUCAUUUGUGCACCUCUCAUUUCGAAACUACGUCAUGAUCUGUUGCUGACAUAUUUCUCUUUGUGUCAAUAUUAGCAUGCAAUCUUUCUCUUUCUUUGCAUUUACGUGUACUUAUCAAUGGCUUAUGUUUUUUUUCCAACCGACUACUACUCAAUAUUGUUAUCGAUGUUGGUUGUCAAGGUAAAAGAUAAGGAAUCUUAAGAAUAUAAAAGCUGCUAUCAUCCAAUCUUUCAAGACAUUAUUGUAGAUUGCCAUUGCUGGUAUGUAAAAGAUGAUUUUAUAUUCUUUAGUAUUACACAUCAAUACAGUUGACUUUCGUUUUCUAUUUUUUUUAAUUCGAUAGGAAUCUAUCUGAUCUAUGAUGUUGAAGUUAUUGUAGUAUAGACAACGAUAGUUUGAAGUCCGUAUUACUUGUGACUAUCAUAGUUUUGAAAUUAUUGAUCGAUAAGGAUAUUGAAAAAACUUAAGGUUCUUUCUUGUUGUUAGAUAUACGACCUUGAUAAGUACUAGUCGAUGAUAGUUUUCUUACAAACUUGUUCACUGGAUUAUGUUAAAAUGUGAGCUUCUCAUGUAAACUAACUUUGAUAAAAGUCGUAGUUUUUCGAUCUAAUUCCGAGAGCAAGAGAGGUAACACUUGAUAAGUACUUCAUGGCAAACUUGACUUUCUUACAUCCGUGUUCAAAAACAGAAAAUCUUACUACCUUUUUUCGAAGAGUGGGACGCAUCAAUAUGUUACAUUUAAUUAGAAUUAAAUAAUGAUUUACUAUAGGAAAUGGACCAUCAAAAUGGUAAUACCAGAAACGAAAACACACGAAUUGUAAAAGCAUUUUCUAUGGAAGAACCCUGCACAGGACUUGAUUUGCAUUGUAGAGGUUUAACCGAUGAUGAUAUGCAAACAGUCGGCCAUCAAUUGAAAAUCAAUCGAGUGAGUAGAUCCGAUCAUUAAUUCUCAUAUCGAAUAUAAUAUGAAAUUUCCUGGCAUAGAUAAUUCGUCUUCAGAGUUUUGCAUUGCAUCUCUAUCAUGUAUUAUUUCUUCAAACAGAGAACGAAUGACUUUUUUUUAUUCAUAUGACGUUUGAAUUUUUUUCUCUCCAUAAUCAUCCGUCUUUGUUUUUGAUAUAGACAAUUGAACGUUUGAAUCUUUAUAGUAAUCAAAUUGGACAUGUUGGAGCAAAAUAUAUUGCAGAUGGCUUAAAAGAAAAUCAAACUCUUACUCACUUGUAUAUGGGUCAAAAUCAGAUUGGUAAUCGUGGAGCAAAACAUAUGGCAGAGACACUUACAGUAAAUCAAGUAAAUAUUGGUGGAAAAAGUCUUGGUGAAGCACUUCUAGUAAAUCAAGUAUGUUUAUUUUUUAAUGUUACAACUAUAACACUUUGUGUCCUUUUUCUCAAUUCAAAUGAUAUCGGUGAUAAUGGAGUUGAAGCUAUUGGAAAUAGUCUAAAAGUUCAUAAGAAACUGUGGCAUUUAGUACUGUCUAACAAUAAGAUUGGCGAUUUGGGAGCGCAACAUCUUGCCGAAGGUCUUAAAGUUAAUAAAUCACUAUUGGAGUUGAGCUUAUAUGACAAUCCUAUUGGUGACAUCGGUGCACAAUACUUGGCUGAUGCAUUGAAAGCCAAUGAAACACUGAAAUAUUUGUCUCUGAGUGGAACUCAAAUUGGAGAUAAUGGUAUACAACAUCUGGCUCUUGCGUUACGAGAUAAUAAAACAUUAGACAGAGUAUUUCUACCAAAGAACAUUUCUGAAGAUAUUCGAAAUAAUUUGGUGAAGCAAGAUCAUCGACUUCUUUUUGUUUGA